GCGGUGGACUGCGGUGCUCGGGAAACACAGUCGGAGUGAGAGCUCUGUAUCUCCACACGCUCUCCUUCCAUCCGGCCGUGACGUGUCCUCCUGCAGCCCGUCAGUGUCAGUGUCAGCCAGUGUCGGUGUGUUGCUGCUGCUGCGCCGUCGGUAGCUGGUCGGGAGUUAGCCGCGGAGCUAACCUGCAGCCGAGCCGAGCGGAGCCGCGAGCGAACCCCCGCAACCUCCCCAAUGCAUCCCCCGCGGCCGCGAUGGCAGCGACGGACCCGGUCUGAGUCGUAGCUCCUCCGCCAUGUAGUCAGACGGCGCGGCUCUCUUGUGUGUGGUCACCGUUAGCGUGAUUUAGCUAUUUCCCCACCGGUAGCUAGCUAUUUUUAAAAAAAAAUUUCAUUUCUCCCUCCUCCUCCUCCUCCUCCUCCUCCUCCUCUUCCCGACUGUGUCCGGGACAGACGGCGGCAGCUAGCCCGCCUCUCUCGCCCCUACAGGAGGAUGCUGAAGCUGUUCGGCGCGCUGGUGAUCCUCGGACUGGCCCUGGCGUGCAUCACCUCCUGGGUGCUGGACAGCUAUGACACGGCUUGGCACCCGAAGCGGAGCGUCCAGCACCCGGGUGCCGGCGACGGAGCCCAAUCCAAGGGGAGCUCUCCACCAUUUCCCGGCGGCGAGUUGGACAAUAUCUUCUGGUUUAUACAGGUGUCUGACAUUCACAUCAGCCGGUUCCAUGACCCAAGGCGCAUUCCUGAUUUUGAAAAGUUCUGCACCGACACCAUCGAAGUGAUCCAGCCAGCUCUAGUGCUUGCAACAGGGGACCUGACGGAUGCUAAAACAGAGAGUAAGGUGGGUUCCCUGCAGCACGAGGUGGAGUGGCAGGCCUACCACAACAUCCUGAAGAGGUCCCGGGUGAUGGAGCGCACACGGUGGAUAGACAUUCGAGGAAAUCACGGUGAUAAACCACAACAUCAUCUCUUAACUCACCGAUUUAAGUGGAGGAUCCUAGACGGGGCCUGACCGAGUAAAAUGAGCCGAUAUGAGCCUUUCACAGAUAUUUUUGUAUCUGUGUUUCCUUACA